CCAUGGAUCCACCCGGCCCAGCCAAGUGGCAGUGUCCAUGGCGCCCCUGUCUGGUGGGGCUGCUGUUUCAGCUACUUUUGGCCGUGUGCUUCUUCUCCUACCUGCGUGUGUCUCAAGACGGUCCCAGUGGGUCCCCUAGGUCAGUGCCCAUUGCAUUGGAAUACAUCACCAUGGCUUCCAAUAGGUCAGCCGGGACAACGUCCACCAAUGGGUCCUGCUGCCAGGCUACCACGGGGCCCCCUCCCCACCCGCCCCUCCUCAUCCUGCUGUGGACAUGGCCCUUCAACAUUCCGGUGGCUCUGUCCCGCUGCUCGGAGAUGCUGCCUGGCACAGCUGAUUGCCACCUGACUGCCAAUCGCAACAUGUAUGCACAGGCAGACGGGGUCAUUGUGCAUCACUGGGAUGUCAUGUACAGUCCUAAGACCCAGCUCCCACUAUCCCCGAGACCACUGGGGCAGCGCUGGGUCUGGUUUAACAUGGAGCCACCUUCUAACUCCCGGCACCUGGAAGCUAUGGAUGGACACUUCAAUCUGACCAUGUCCUACCGCAGCGACUCUGACAUCUUUAUGCCUUAUGGCUGGCUUGAGCCCUGGCCCGGCCAGCCUGCCCAUACCUUGGUCGACCUCUCAGCCAAGACUAAGUUGGUGGUGUGGGUGGUGUCCAACUGGAGAUCAGACUCGGCCAGGGUGCGAUACUACCAGUUGCUGCAGAUGCAUAUCAAAGUGGACGUGUAUGGGAGAAACCACAGGCCACUGCCCCAGGGCGCCAUGAAGCAGCAGCUGUCCAGGUACAAGUUCUACUUGGCCUUUGAGAACUCCCAGCACAAAGACUACAUCACUGAGAAGCUGUGGAGGAAUGCCUUGCAGGCUGGGGCUGUGCCCGUGGUGCUAGGCCCUAGUCGGAGCUGCUAUGAGCGCUUCCUGCCCCCGGAGGCCUUCAUUCAUGUGGACGACUUCCAGAGUCCCCGGGACCUGGCCCACUACUUGCAGGCACUGGACAAAGACCAUGCUCGGUACCUGAGCUACUUCCACUGGCGGGAGACGCUGCAGCCACAUGACUUCAGUUGGGCCCUGGCUUUCUGCAAGGCCUGCCGGAAGCUGCAGGAGGAGAACAGGUACCAGACAGUGGGCAGCAUCGCAGCUUGGUUCACAUGAGGUGGCCAGCCUUGGGCCUUGGCUGCCGGGACCUCAUCUGCCUAGGUGACACGUCUGAGGCCACACCUACCCGGGACAUCACCUGCCUGUGACCUCACCUAUCCAGGGCAUCCUUAUCUGGGACCUCACCUGGGGGGCCCUUGUUUGCCAGAGAUCUCACUUACCUGACACUUCACAUGCUGGGCUUCACAGCUGCCAGGGACAUCAGCUCUGGACCUCCACCUCCAGAAGGCUAGCCUGCUGUGGUCCUCGGUUCCUGGAGACUGCCCCUGCUGGGGAACUCAGCUCCUGGUGACUCUCUCCACUUGGGCACUUGCCUCACUGGAUAUUGCCUGCUAGGAGCCUCGCUUCCCUGGGACUUUUGCUGCUGGGGACAUUGCCCACUAAGGCACUCAACCCCUGUGGAACUGACUCCCUGGGGUCCCACACAUAGGUGAUGGCUCUGGAUGAUAGUCUGCUGUUGGUUCUGGAUGAUUACUGCUGUUGUUGGGGACAGCCUGUGACAUGUGAAAACAAUGUCAUCGACAUUCCCACACAGUGAUACUGCAGGGAAACUGGUGUGUACCCCCAUACUCUAGAACAGUGGAUCUCACCCCAGGGUGGUUCUGCCACACAGGGGAUACUCAGUAACGUCCAGAUACAUUUUUGGUUGUCACAUGUGGGAGGGAAUGGAUGCCACUUUGUGGGUAGAGGUCAGGGAUACUCCAGACCCCUACAGUGCACAGGAUACCCCUCCCCCUAGAGAAUGGUCCAGCUCCAACUGUCCACAGGUAGAAAAUCUCUGCUCUGGACUUUUCUGUGGCUCUGGGGGCAGGUAUCCAGAGCCUGGGAGGUGCCCCUCCUCCCUUGGCUUCCUGGGGUAGGGAGAACAAGGCCCAGACGGGUAGAGAGUGGCACCAUGCUUUCCAGGAGUCAAUGUGGGGCAGAGCAGGAAUAGGGGGACCUUUUCUGCCGAGCACAUACAGCCAGGUGGGGUGUUUGUGGGAGACAGAGGAGAGCAGGUCCCCCGUGUGUGUAUGUGUGUCUGUCAGCGUUGGCAUGGCAAAGGACUCGGUAUGACCAUUAGUGUAUGCCUGUCAUGAAGGUGUGUUGCUGUGUGACCGUGGGGUCACUCUGAUGGUGUAUGUGUGUGUGGCGUGAGGGCCGCGUGCAUUUCCACCUGUGUCUGUGGGUAAUGGUUAUUCUGAGCAUGAGAAAGAAUGUGUGGCCCCAGGGUUGUCCCUGAGUGUGGGACAGUGCAGGGCGCUGUCUGGGGUGCCAGGCAGUCUGUAUGAGUUCUGCAAUGACUGGCACAGGUUGUAUGUCAGCAGAAGAGUGUCCCUGUGUUUAUGUCUGUAUGUGGUGGUGUGGCAGUGUCUGUGGCUCCAAUUCUUUGUGGAUGAGUGGUGACUUUGUUUGAGAGUGCCCCUCUCUGAGUGUGUAAUUCCAAGCGUGGAUGGUGACUGUGCAAGAACUUGGAUUGUGGCUCCUCUGCGUGUGAUCUUGGCUGCUGAGUCCCUGUGUAGGUGACAGUCUCUGUGCCCCAUAAUUGUGUGUGUGUGUGGCAGCUGUGACCCAGCCUGGUGUGUGGUGUGUGCUGCUGUGAACCUCAGCUCUGGGGGCCUGUGGAGGCUGCCAUGUUUAUGUUCCAGUUCUCUGAUGGGCUUGACCAGUGCCCCGUGGUUGGGAUGUUGAAUCUGGGUGGGAGACAGGAAGGCCCAGGUCCUGAGAGGCCAAGGGUGGGUGUUCAAAACCCACACAUGCACACAGGAUCAGUGAGUCUGAGGACCACAGACCCAGGCUCCAAGGCCAAUUUUCCCACUGUGUGCCCUAAACUGAACAACUUUUGUCUUUGAGGCUUGGGGCCUCCUGGACCAUCUAGGAUGGGGGAAACUGAGGCUCUGGGUAAGUACACAUUGGCUUCUGUGGCCUUUCUGCUGAGGUUGGGCUGAGUCAGCCCAAACAGUGGAGGAAUCCACCACCCCAAACCUCAAAGUCAAAAGGCUACGGGGUGGGCGGGGAUCCGAGGCAGCCACGCCCCUGAAACAAUCUUCCAAGCAGACCAUCCAAGGGCUGGCGGUCUGUCCACCUAUGUCUGCUCUCAGGGCUCCUGAAAGUCCUGCUUGUUAGCUUCCUUGAGCAUCUCAGGCUGUAGGUGUGGAUGCUCCUGCAGGGCGGGGUGAGUUUCCCUGGGGGCAUCUUCUGAUCUGUGCUCCCCAGCUUUGGGAUGGGAAUUGGGGCCCGGAAGGACAAAAUGGCUGGACAGUGGUCCCAAGUGCAGAUGUGAGGGAAAGAGAGGAGGGGCCAAUGCCCUUAGGGGACCCAUCUGGGGGAAAAGAAAGGUGUGAUUUGGGGAGUCCCCAGUCCGGGGCACAGGGGAAGUUAUAAAAACCGGAGGAAAGCAGAGUUGCACCCUCCACCCUUGCGCGACAGGAGGAGAGGGGUUCCCACCCUUUCGUCUCUCAGGUGACUUCCCUGGCUCCUAGCCCCCGCCCCCUCCCCCUCAUCAGACGGUGGGACCCACCCCCCACCCACGCCCCGCGCUCUGGGAACCCAACAGCUCACUCUGUCUGGGGCCUGCCAAGCAUCACGGUGACACCGCUGGCAAAUCUAAAUACCG